UCCAAAGAGAACCCUUACUUGACAUCAGCACCAUGUUGAGCACCCGCGCCUUGUUCCACCUCCUCCUGCUCCUCGCCACCGCCGCCUUCCUGUACGUGUCCGCUGCUGAGGACGCCUCGGUGGAGAAGCGCUCGCUGGAUUUCACGCUACAAAAUCAACAGGAACAAGAUUUGAUUGAUGCUUUACAAGAAGUGCUGGAGAAGUUGAGGAACAAAGAGAUGCCCUCUGAGAAAAAGUUGGGCUGGCUGCCUUCUUGCGACGCAGGGGAGCCAUGCGCCGUGCGUCGAGGCUCCCGAAUUGGCACGUUGUGCAGCUGCCCCCGAGGAACUUCUUGUAACUUUUAUGUCCUCAAGUGCUUGUGAAAGAAACUCAAUGACCACAUGGUGCACUCACUAUGUUGCUCUGCAUAAUGUACUGUUUGAUGUGUUGUGACAAUUCCAAGUGUAGGAAUGUUGCUGAAAAUUGUUCAAUAGUUGUUUUGCUCAGGGGCACCGUGUUAUUUUGGUGAUAUUAUCAAAUGUAUUGUAAGAUAAGUUGUUGUUAUAAAAGCGAAAACAAAACCCUG